AUGGGAUAUCCAACUCAGAUGCCGAGAGGAGGCGCAAUGACUAAUGGAGUUGGUUUUCGAGGUUCGCCGAGAGGUGGUGGUGGUGGCUUUCGAGGGUCAUCAAGAGGUAGUGGAUAUCGUGGAUCACCCCGAGGAGGAGGUCGAGGUGGUUUUGGUGACAAAAACAGUGUCGGAAUGGGAGGUUAUGGUGACAGGAGAAGUGGCAGCGGUAGUGGAAGAGGCUUUCGUGGUGGAGGUGGUGACAGUCGCGGAGGCGGGAGAGGACGAUCACCACGUGGUCGUGGAAGUCCCCGAGGAGGAGGACGAAGCGGAGGAAUGCGGGGUGGUAAAAAGGUCAUCAUCGAGCCACAUCGGCAUGAAGGUGUUUUUAUCGUGAAAGGCAAAGAGGAUGCCUUGGGUACCCGCAAUUUAGUUAUUGGUGAGUCAGUGUAUGGUGAAAAAAGAGUGUCUGUUGAAAAUGAUGACAAGGAGAAAGUUGAAUAUCGAAUUUGGAAUCCAUUCCGAUCGAAAUUAGCAGCUUCAAUACUUGGUGGUUUGGAUGACAUACAUAUGAAGCCGGGAUCAAAACUUCUAUAUUUGGGUGCCGCAUCGGGCACUACCGUAUCGCACUGCUCCGAUAUCGUUGGUCCAGAUGGUUUGGUAUACGCUGUGGAAUUUUCUCAUAGAUCCGGUCGUGAUCUCCUGAAUAUAGCAAAAAAAAGGCCAAAUAUCAUUCCCAUUGUAGGUGAUGCUCGUCAUCCUCAAAAAUACAGGAUGCUUAUUGGAGUGGUAGAUACAAUAUUUGCGGAUGUAGCCCAGCCUGACCAAGCUAGGAUUGUUGCUAUAAAUGCCCAUCAUUUUUUGAAGAGUGGCGGUCAUGUUGUAAUCUCGAUUAAGGCAAAUUGCAUUGACUCGACAGCAGCACCGGAAGCAGUGUUUGCUGAUGAAGUGAAUAAAUUGAAGGAGGAGAAGUUUAAACCACGUGAGCAAGUGACGCUAGAACCAUAUGAAAGGGAUCAUGCCGUUGUAGUUGCCGAGUAUCGUCCAUUGAAGAAAAAGCAAAGCUAA